AUGGUACUGGUUUUGGUUCCAUUCUUUAUCUAUCUUAUGGGGGUUUCAAAAGGCCAACUCCAAGUAGGAUUCUAUUCCAACAUAUGCCCUGAUGCUGAAUCUACUGUCACUUCUGUUGUUCGUGAAGCAGCUGCCUCCAACCCCAACAUUGCCCCAGUCUUGCUCAGGCUUCACUUCCAUGACUGCUUUGUUCAAGGCUGUGAUGGUUCCAUACUGAUUGAAAAUGGGCCCGAUUCAGAGAGACAUGCAUUUGGUCAUCAAGGGGUUGGAGGGUUUGAUGUAAUAGAGAAAGCAAAGGCACAGUUGGAAGCUUUGUGCCCAGGUGUGGUUUCUUGUGCAGACAUUGUUGCCUUGGCAGCUAGAGAUGCAGUGGUCUUGACCCAUGGACCAUCUUACGAGGUUCAAACUGGCCGGAGAGAUGGAGUGGUUUCAAAUGUUUCAAUGGCCGAUAACAUGCCGGAUAUUGGAGAUUCCAUUCAGCAACUCAAAUCCAAGUUUUUUGGUAAAGGGCUCUCAGAGAAAGACCUUGUGGUUCUGAGUGCUGCACAUACAAUUGGUACCACGGCAUGCUUCUUCAUGACACAGCGACUAUACAACUUCCCCGGCGGAGGUUCCGAUCCGGCGAUAAACCCCGAAUUCCUCCCAGAGCUAAAAGCAAACUGCCCCCAGAACGGAGACGUAAACGUCCGAUUGCCAAUCGAUCGGGGCAGCGGGCAGACAUUUGACAACCAGAUUCUGCAAAACAUACGGGGCGGUUUUGCCGUGCUGCAAUCUGAUGCGAGGCUAUACGACGAUGAAGCAACUAGGAGUGUAGUCGACUGGUAUUUUGGGUUACUUAGCCCCCUAUUUGGAUCAUCAUUUGAACAAGAUUUUGUAAGUUCAAUAGUGAAAAUGGGCAGCAUUGGUGUUAAGACUGGUUCUCAAGGGACAAUUAGGCAUGUUUGUGGAGCAUUUAGUUGA